AGUUCGUUAUGUUGCUCGCUAGACGCCGGACGGCUCGUUUUAAUUCGUAUGUGAAAAUUAAAAUAGUGUAGUUGAAAAUUCCUUUUAAAGUCUUGCGUGAUUAAGUGAUAUGUUUAAAUUCCCAUUAAGUUAACCCAGUUAAAUUCGUUUUUGCAAGAAUCCCUCGGAAUGGAACAGAGUUCUGUUAUUUAUUCUUUUAAUUAACAUUUCCUACCGAGUUGCCUGUCAAAUUAUAUAUAAAUUUGUUAUCAGUGUAUUCUAUUUAUAUUAUUCGACCCAGAUCAUUAAAAUAUGUUUAAGCAAAGUUUGAGUUUAACAAUUGUAUAAUUCUUUAAAGUAAGUUACAUAUACCAAAAGCCUCAAAUUUAAAUGCCAAGAGCAAUAUUCGCAACAUUGUUGAGGUGUCUAGGCAAAAAACUCCCAAUUCGUCUGACUGCGAUGUUUAACCUUUACCAAAACAUAAACAAGAAAGACCAAGAGGAAAAAGAGUCGCAAGUGAUCGGUCACGAACGGUGGUACCAAGAGCGAACCUCGCGAUCGAGCCUAAAGAAAAAGAAACGGGUACCGCGAAGAGCUCAUAGUGCUGCGGAAUUUUCCCAUACGACUCUUUCUGCAGCUAAUAAGCGUGCAGCGUUUCGGAAUAGGAGUCAAAGCUCAGAGAAUAAAAGUGACGGAGAAGGGAGCAACAAGACUCCCCAGAGGGUUGAUUCUCUAGCUAAAGUAUUUUUCGGGUAUAAGAGACAAUCAAGUCAAUCGAAACACGAAUACAGCGCGGUGAAGACCGAUGGAGGAAACGAGAAAUUUCGCGGUGAAAAUAAGAUCAAAAACGAUUCGUAUCUGGCUUGCAAACGAAACUUAGAUGAUAAUGAACGAUACGAGUUAAGAGGUCAGCUUGGAGAUAUUGGAUAUAGAGUUGAUAAAAAUUGGUUUACCGUCCACGAUAAAAUACUCGGUGCAGAAAGACUGCUUACCUUGGUACCAUUACCGUCCACAUGUCCAAUUACCCCUAGUCCGGAAACGCGUGAAACUCUUCUAGAACUUUUUAGAGGUCUACAGCAUCCAUAUAUUCAUCCCGUCCUAGAUAUUGAUUUUUGGAAAGAAGGUGCAGCCAUCGUCAGUCCUUUAAAUCCCACUGGUAGUUUAAGGGAUAUGAUCUACGCUGGUUUUUGGCAAGAUGAUUAUGAUAAGAAAUAUAUUACUAGGGGAGAAGGGCUACCAUUAAGAACCGUGCAGUGUUUAGGAAGGCAAAUUAUUGAAGCGUUAAUGUUUCUUAGGAGUAAAAAUUUUCCAGCCAUUUAUCAUUUGCAUUCAGGCAACAUUAUUAUACAAAACGGCGUGGCACGUUUAGCAGGUCUAGAAAACCCCAUUUUAGGGCUUCUGCCAAAAGCCCCUGCAGCACCCGAAACUCUGGGUUUCGGAUACCUUCUGUUCGAAAUGACUGCAGGAUACGAGCUGCCCAGUCCUCCCAGUCCGGCCCAUCUUCAGCUAGAGCUGGAAAGGGUACCAAAAGUGGCCGACGCUUUGGAGUUAAUUUUCCAGUGCACAAGAACCCCGACUUUUGAAGAACUGAUACGAUGCGACUUAUUUAGAUGCGUCGAGUUAAGAGAACUAAGGGGAGCCAGCAUAGUUCAAACCGCCUCUCCACCGCAGGUUCUUCAACUUUUAGACGUUAUAAGAAAUCCUUCGUUGCCAAGUCCAUUAUUAAGACGGCGAACGAUUUUUUUAGACAAGAAACCGUAGUUGUGAUAGAAGACUGUAGCAAACGGGUGCUAGAAGAUAUCAUGGAAGAGGACAGCGAGCUUAGCGAUAGCAAUAGCGUAGCCGGAGAUUGCAGUAGCGAGCUCAGAUAGUAGUAUAAAGUAAAAGUAGAGUAGAUUAUUUAGUAUUUCCCCUUGUUAGUUUAGUGUGGUUUGUUUGAAAAGUAGAAAACUGUACAAAUAUAGUGGUCUAAGAAAAAGUGUAACUUACUGGAAGAGUUAGUUUCACUUUUCUACUUUUCAAUAUUUCAACUCACCUCUUUAAUAUUUUUUAAGCAAUAUAAAACAGUAGUGUUAAUAAAAGAAAAUAUACGUGAGUUCAAUUAUAAUGCCCGUUUCAAAGAAAUCUAAUUUUAAAUUCUUGAUCAAGGAUUUUAACGAAAACAAAUCACACAAGAAGUUGUGUGCAGAAGUUUCUUUAAUCCGCUUUACAUAUCGCAUUUUUUUUCCAAAAGUCUUCUCGUAUUACUGUCAUUUGCUUAGAAUUUUAUUGCAAAAGUCGGCAUUUCUCAAUGGUGUUUUUAGAUAAAAUUAAUAUUAAGAAGACUUAUUGGAUUGUUCUUUUAGGAACGUUGAAUUUAUACUUGUUUAAUUAAUAUAGGAGACAGUGCAUCAGGCAGUAUCUUAUCAGUGUGACUAUGCGGUGAAAUUGGACCGAUUUCGUUGCAUAAUGUACAUUCCGCAAGUCUCCAAGAGGCUCCAUGGAGGUCUUUUUAAACUUUCCACAGAUAGAAUUAUAAAUUUGUACGCCAAUGUUAAAAGGGAAAGUACAAGUACAAUACAAGUGAAUUUGCUUGUUUCAAUAAGUCGAUUCUUCGUAUAUACCGAUCAUCGGCGACGUAUCAAACUGCGCAAGACUCGAUCACUAAUAUUAAGCAUAAAAUUCUGGAAUAAUUUCAUUACCGAAAAAGUAAACUUUCAGCAAAAUAAAAUAAUCCAGCAAAAUGAAUGACCUGACUGGAAUUUAAUGUUAGACAAUACCUACGAAAAACAGCUGACAAGUUGUAAAGAGCACAUAUGCAUAGUUAAAGCUAAAAUUUCUCUGUAGCAACUUCUCGCGGCAUUUUGGUCGCAAGUAUCCAUUUUAGCAGAUCACAAGAUCAAACUUAUAAUAACACUAAUAAUAACUUGAUCACUAUCCAUAGUAUUUAUUAUAUUUCUAAACAAAAACAUAUGAUUGGCACUACUCAUCAACUAACAUUUUUCUAAUUUUUCUAAAAUUCUGGUUAUCAUAGACUAGAAAAAUUUUGUUUAUUUAUUUGAAUGUUGUGAAUUUAGACGCAUUCUCCAAACUUUUCGCGCGAAAUAUCCACAAUGAGAUAAACUAGCGUGAUAUAUCAGGAAUUUCAGUAUUCUAAUUUCAAAGUAAUCUUAAUAAUAAAGUGAACUUAUAUUGCGGCGACCUCUAAGGUUAGGAGUUCAAAUCCUACACAAGGUUAACUCUGUACUUUCCUGUGUUGCUGUUAUAAAAAUUAUAAAAGAAACUUGGCCAGAAAAAAAAAUUUAAGCCUUGAAAUUUCCGGCCAAAAAACGUUUCAACAACAUGAAAUAAUUGCGAUCUGUAUUGCGGGUUCUUAGAAUUUCUUUGCACAUAUGUAUAUAUCUCAUUUGUCUCCACAUUGUACCAUUUGAAUCAAUACAUAACAUUAUUUAAGACCUUAAAACUUUUAUACUUAUUUCAAUCUACAAAUCAAAUCAUAUAGCAAUCCUUACAGUGCGCUUACCUAUUUUUGCUAAAAAAUCGAGUAUUUUUAUACUUGAAAAAUUAGAUCUGUAUAUUGCUAGUGUAUAGAAAAGUCUUAUUGUUAACAUCUACUUUCAUCUCUUUUUAACAUACUUCUAGACUCUAUUGAUGAAAAAUAAUAAAAAUCAAAAAUAAUUCAGGUAUCUUACAAUGUUAAUUUUUUGUUUCUUUAUUGACAACGUUUUGAGUUCAAUAAUCAAAAACUCAAGCAAUCAAAGGUAACUAUUAGCUCAUUCUUCUUACAUAUCUUUUACUUAAUACGUACUCAUUACCAUUUAUCAAUGUUAUAGGGUGUCUUUAAAGUUGAGUCAUCAAUAUUUUAAUAACAUAUGAAAGUUCUUGAACCAAACUUAAUGUGCGUGAAAAUUUAAAAAAUAAUAAAAAACAUAAAUCACAAUAAAUGACUCAACUUUGAUGUGACAACCUUCGUUCGGGUCUAAAAAUUUUUGUCAAUUAAAUUCGAGCCUCAAUUUAUGUAAAUUUCAUUAAUUGCAUCGAUUAAUGUGCAUGUAUGUAUUGUUUUAACGUAAGUAAUAGUAUUAUAGUAAUAAUUAUUAGUGUAAUUUUUUAGUUAUUGCUAGGUAUUAGUGUGUUUAACAAAAUAUCGUUAACCUUAACAAACAACUUCGUAAGAAAUGUUCGCUGUUAAUUUUACUAACGUUAGGUUUGUGCCAAAUAAAGAAUUUAAAGCCUUAAGUUGAGUUAUGAUUAUUUCUACAUAGGAUCACAGUAUAAAGAACAAGAUUCUAGUUUAGUUUUUUUUCUAUUCUAGUUUAUGUUCCGUGAUAGGAUGUAGGUACAAAUUAUUGGCAAAGUCUGAAGAUUUCACUAAUCGUAAGAGAGAAGAGGUCAACUAGAUGUAAUUCAAGUUGUGCGUGUUUGUGACGAAUAAAAUACCGUUUUGAAAUUUGGGAAAGUUGACAUAUAACCGAAAAAUCGAAUUUCUGCAAAAUGGUUUUUCUUUGAAUCAAAGUAGUGUUUUUAGAUUUAAAAUCUGACUUAUAUGAAUAUAUUUGCCUCACACAUGUUAUAUCAUAAAUCUGUCUUUCUUUAACAAAUUAUCUAACGAGGUACUAAAAUAUAAAUUUUACUGUGUUAUCAGGACACAUGAUGAAACACAGACUUCUAUUGAAGGCUUGCAAAGCAUCUGAAAGUAUUUCGUCAAAAAUAGACGUCAAAUGUCUGCACGAGUAAAAGGUCUUUUUUUCGUAGUUAAUCAAAGACUUUUUAAAAAAUGUAUAUUAAAGGCUUAUAUUCUAACAUAACAAAAGUUGAUAAUAAAUCACUAAAAGCCGAAAAGUUCAAUCUUCUGAUUUAGGAGUAAAACAAGUAAUGCAUAGGACCAUUUGUUUUAAAAUUUCUUUUUAAACACACCCAAACAAAAACUAUUCGGAAAUAUUUUUGUUUUUUCAGUGGGUAUUCCAAUUUUUUCAAAUUUCAAAAAUGUAUUUUAAUUUUAUCAUAAUAGUAAAGUGGCCUUUAACCGGGAGCCACAUAGUUUGCUACAAAUUUGUACUUCACACUGUAUAUUUAAAAAAUAAAUCUAUAAAUUAUUAAUUUUUAAUAUUUUUUCUAGCUUGCCACGAAGGAGAUUAAUUUUAUUUAACAGAAGUAACUCAAAACCUAUUUAUUACGCUAUAUAUUAUAAAAAGAAGAAGUUCAGUACUAAUAAGAUAUUUUGUAAGAAUGGCUAAAAACCAUAUGUACUUUUCAAUUGUC